ACUCCUGGAGAGAGAGAGAGAGGAAAGCCAGACCCACCGGUGGGGGGUGCGGAGCAAAGAGCUUCCAGCACCCUUUGAGGAGGUGGUUGUGUGUUUCACCAAAGAGGAGUGGGCUCUGCCGGAUCCAGGCCGGGAGGAAUCUGUACAAAGGACUCAGGAUGGAGAAUUACAAGCACGUUGCCUCUUGCACCCAGGAUAUGCGGGAGAAAAUAAAUCUAAGAGCACAUCAAGUAUCCGAGGAAAGGGAUGAGUGGCCAGACGCAGAGGAGAAUGUUGGGAAUCGAGAUGGGACGGACAAGCUGGAAGAAAACCAAAGAAAUAAAGAAAAGAAGAAUUCCAUUUCUUCUCUGGAUGGUAACCUUCUUGCAAUUAGGGUCCAACAAAUAAUACCUGAACAAAAGACAACUAAAACAUACCUUGUAGGUAGAAAAAGGGUUGUUCGUAAAUUGCCUCUUGAUGGUGAUUCAGCCACUGACAGAGCGGAGAAACGAUAUAAAUGCCUGGAAUGUGGAAAAAGUUUCAGGCAGAGUACAGUACUUAUCUCCCAUCAAAGAAUACACACAGGGGAGAAACCUUUUAACUGCCUGGAGUGUGGGAAAGCAUUUAGACAGAAGGGGGCACUUAUUUCCCACCAAAGAAUUCACACUGGAGAGAAACCAUUUAGAUGCUUGGAGUGUGGAAGGAGUUUUCGUCAGGUCUCAUGCCUUUAUUCACAUCAAACAACUCACACCACAGACAAACCGUAUAAAUGCCAGGAGUGUGGAAAGAGCUUCAGUCAGGCCUCUCUCCUGAAUUCCCAUCAAAGAAUACAUAUAGAUGAGAAACCAUAUGAGUGUCUGCAGUGUGGAAGGAGCUUCAGACAUAAAUCAGCUCUUACUUCCCAUCAAAGAAUUCACACAGGGGAGAAGCCCUUUAAAUGUCAGGAGUGUGGAAAGAGCUUCAACCGGAAGUAUGACCUUGUUGCGCAUCAGCGAAUUCACACAGGAGAGAAACCAUUUAAAUGUUUGAAGUGUGGAAAGAGCUUCCGUCUCAAGCCAAGCCUUACUAGUCAUCAGAGAAUUCAUGCAGAAGAGAACACAUUUAAAUGCCUGGAAUGUGGAGAAAGCUUUAGACAGAAGUAUGCACUUGUUUCACAUCAGAUAAUUCACACAGGGCAGAAACCAUUUGAAUGUUCCCAGUGUGGAAAGAGCUUCAUUCACAGGCAAAGCUUUACUAGUCAUCAGAGAAUUCACACAGGAGAGAAACCAUUUAAAUGUGUGGACUGUGGAAAGAGCUUCAGGCGGAAGGAUAGCCUCACUUCACAUCAGAGGAAUCACACAGGAGAGAAACUGUUUGAAUGUAUGCAGUGUGGAAAGACCUUUAAUCGCAGGCAUAGCCUUACCAGUCAUGAGAGAACUCACACAGGAGAGAAACCAUUUACAUGCCUGCAGUGUGGAAAGAGCUUCAGACAGAAGGGUGCCCUGAGAGCACAUGAAGUAAUUCACAUUGGGGAAAAACGAUAUAAAUGCCUGGAGUGUGGAAAGAGGUUCAGGCGGAAGUAUGCCCUUAAUUCCCAUCAAAGCAUUCACAGCGGAGACAAACCAUAUCAAUGCUUGGAGUGUGGGAAGAGAUUCUGCCAGAGUAGUGCCCUUAACUGCCAUCAAAGAAUUCACACAGGGGAGAAACCGUAUCAGUGCUUGGAGUGUGGAAAGAGCUUCAGCUUGAAACCGUCUCUUCUAUUACAUCAAACCACUCACACCGGGGAGAAACCCUUUAAAUGCCUGAAGUGCGGAAAGAGUUUCAGUCGGAAGGCCUACCUUACUUUACACCAAAUAACUCAUACCGGGAAGAAACCCUACAAAUGCUCGGUGUGUGGAAAGCGUUUCAGUUUGAAGCCAUCUCUUACACUGCAUCAAACCACUCACACGGGGGAAAAACCGUAUAAAUGCACAGUGUGUGGAAAGCGCUUCAGUCGUCGGGCAUACGUUUCUUUACAUCAAAGAAUUCACACAGGGGAGAAGCCCUUUAAAUGCCUGGAGUGUGGCAAGGGGUUCAAUCGAAGGGAAUACCUGAUUUCACAUCAAAGAACUCACAGAGAGACCUCUUCGGAAGAGGAGGAUUCUGAUGCACCAGAAGAACCCUCUCCUACUGUAGACUUGGGGCAAUUUGAGGGAAACUGUGACAGCAGUGCCUCAUUGGAGGCACCCAGCAACCCUGUCCUGAGCUUAGUGGGGAUUCCAGACUCUCCUUCCACCACCCACAGCCCAGCAGAACACCAAUGGCAAUGUAUCAGGUGGGAUACUCAAAGCCAUGGUGGAAGCACCCACCUGACGCCCCGAAGACCCUUUCGGCCGCAGUAUUCUCAGGAACAAGGAACUACUCAGGAGCAAGUGUGUAAUAAUCAGGAGAAAGACCCAGCUGCGACUACUCAGACACAACUGGAUUUGGAUCAUCCAGAACCUGUGCUUCCCCAGACUUUUUCUUGGUUAACAGCUCCCACAGAGCCUUCUGAUUCUUAAUUGUGUGAGGGAGACAAUAUUGGGAAUGUAAAAGGAGCAUGAGGCAGAGCACGCCUCUUACUCUACCUCAAAGAAGCCUCACAGUCCAAAUGAUUUAAAUGCCUCAGCUUAAAUGCCAUGGGGUGAUUAAAUAAUAAAAUAAUCGUUGUAAGGGAGAGUCAGGAGACGUUCCAACGUUAUGAGGUCUGUUCUCAUAAAACAAGACUUCCCCAUUGUGAACCAGAGAAUUCACAUUGGGAAAAGCCCCAGAAAUGUUCUGGUUGUAGUAAGAUCUUCUGCAACAAAUGUUAUACAUGUAUAAACUGUGAAACAUGCUUUAGCGAGUAGAAAUUGUACUUCAAAUAAAAUAGUCCGCGUGAAAGAGAAAUCAUAUAAAUCCAUGGAAUUUAAGGAAGUUAUUUAUUUUAAAUGAAUAUGCAACAGAACAUAUAUAGAAUCAUAGAAUAGCAGAGUUGGAAAGGGCCUACAAGGCCAUCCCUGCUCAAUGCAGGAAUUCACCCUAAAGCAUCCCUGACAGAUGGCUGUCCAGCUGCCUCUUGAAGGCCUCUAGGGUGGGAGAGCCCACAAACUCCCUAGGUAACUGAUUCCAUUGUUGUACUGCUCUAACAGUCAGGAAGUUUUUCCUGAUGUCCAGCUGG